AUGGCAAAUGGCAGCGGCGUCGGCAGCAGCAGCAGCGCCUCGGGAGGCAGCGGCGGCAUUAGAAUGAGUAACAGCAUCAGCGCCAACAAUCUCAACACGGACUCGUCCUCGUCCCCGGUCAGCGUGCCCAAGAUGGAUGCGCUCAUCAUCCCGGUGACCAUGGAGGUGCCCUGCGAUAGCCGCGGACAGCGCAUGUGGUGGGCUUUCCUCGCCUCGUCCAUGGUCACGUUCUUUGGCGGGCUCUUUAUCAUCCUGCUCUGGAGGACCCUCAAGUACCUGUGGACCGUCUGCUGUCACUGCGGGGUCAAAAACAAGGAGGCCCAGAAGAUUAAUGCUGGUGGGGAGACCCAGGCUGAUGGAACCUGCAAACCUACAGAUGAGAAAGAGGAGACUGUCGCAGCGGAAGUGGGCUGGAUGACCUCUGUGAAAGACUGGGCAGGAGUGAUGAUAUCUGCCCAGACUCUAACCGGCAGAGUCCUUGUUGUCUUAGUCUUUGCUCUUAGUAUUGGUGCUCUUGUAAUAUACUUCAUAGAUUCGUCAAACCCAAUAGAAUCCUGCCAGAAUUUCUACAAAGAUUUCACGUUACAGAUAGACAUGGCUUUUAACGUGUUCUUCCUACUCUACUUCGGCUUGCGUUUCAUUGCAGCCAAUGACAAGCUGUGGUUUUGGCUGGAAGUUAACUCGGUAGUAGAUUUCUUCACAGUCCCUCCAGUGUUUGUGUCAGUGUAUUUAAACAGAAGUUGGCUUGGUUUAAGAUUUUUAAGAGCCCUUAGACUGAUACAGUUUUCAGAAAUUUUGCAGUUUCUGAAUAUCCUAAAAACAAGUAAUUCCAUCAAGCUGGUGAAUCUGUGCUCUAUAUUUAUCAGCACAUGGCUGACAGCAGCUGGGUUCAUACAUUUGGUGGAGAACUCAGGGGAUCCAUGGGAAAAUUUCCAAAAUAACCAACCACUUACAUAUUGGGAAUGUGUUUAUUUACUAAUGGUUACAAUGUCCACUGUUGGCUAUGGAGAUGUUUAUGCAAAAACAACCCUUGGUCGCCUUUUCAUGGUCUUCUUCAUCCUCGGGGGAUUGGCCAUGUUUGCCAGCUACGUCCCUGAAAUCAUAGAGUUAAUAGGAAACCGCAAGAAAUAUGGUGGUUCCUAUAGUGCGGUUAGUGGAAGAAAGCACAUAGUUGUCUGUGGUCACAUAACACUUGAAAGUGUGUCCAACUUCCUGAAGGACUUCCUGCACAAGGACAGGGAUGAUGUGAACGUGGAAAUCGUCUUUCUGCAUAAUAUCUCCCCUAACCUUGAGCUGGAAGCUCUUUUUAAACGACAUUUCACUCAGGUGGAAUUUUAUCAGGGUUCAGUUCUCAAUCCGCAUGACCUGGCAAGAGUAAAGAUAGAGUCAGCAGAUGCAUGCCUAAUCCUUGCCAAUAAAUACUGCGCUGACCCAGAUGCUGAAGAUGCCUCCAAUAUUAUGAGAGUAAUUUCCAUAAAGAAUUACCAUCCGAAGAUAAGAAUUAUCACUCAGAUGCUGCAGUAUCAUAACAAGGCCCAUCUGCUAAAUAUCCCAAGCUGGAAUUGGAAAGAAGGGGAUGACGCAAUCUGUCUUGCUGAGCUCAAGCUGGGUUUCAUAGCCCAGAGCUGCCUGGCACCGGGCCUCUCGACAAUGCUAGCCAACCUCUUCUCUAUGAGGUCAUUCAUAAAGAUUGAGGAGGAUACGUGGCAGAAAUACUAUCUAGAAGGAGUCUCAAAUGAAAUGUAUACAGAAUAUCUAUCUAGUGCCUUUGUGGGUCUGUCUUUCCCUGCAGUUUGUGAACUGGUGUUUGCGAAGCUAAAGCUCUUAAUGAUAGCCAUAGAAUACAAGUCAGAAAAACGGGAAAGCAGUAUAUUAAUCAAUCCUGGAAACCAUGUCAAGAUUCAAGAAGGUACUUUAGGAUUCUUCAUUGCAAGUGAUGCCAAAGAAGUGAAAAGGGCAUAUUUUUACUGCAAGGCCUGUCAUGAUGACAUCACAGAUCCCAAAAGGAUAAAAAAAUGUGGCUGCAAACGGCCCAAGAUGUCCAUCUACAAGAGAAUGAAACUGGCAUGUUGUUUUGAUUGCGGACGCUCUGAGCGUGACUGCUCUUGCAUGUCAGGCAGUGUACAUAGUAACAUGGACACCCUUGAGAGAGCCUUCCCACUUUCUUCUGUCUCUGUUAAUGAUUGCUCCACCAGUUUACGUGCCUUUGAAGAUGAACAUCCGUCGACACUGUCACCCAAAAAAAAGCAGCGAAAUGGAGGCAUGAGAAAUUCACCCAACUCCUCGCCCAAACUGAUGAGGCAUGACCCCUUGUUAAUUCCCGGCAAUGAGCAGAUUGACAACAUGGAUGCCAGUGUGAAAAAAUAUGACUCCACGGGGAUGUUUCAUUGGUGUCCAGGAAAGGACAUUGAAAAGGUCAUUUUGACACGGAGUGAAGCAGCGAUGACAGUUUUAAGUGGUCAUGUGGUCGUUUGCAUAUUCGGGGAUGCUAAGUCUGCAUUGAUUGGAGUAAGAAAUCUAGUGAUGCCAUUACGAGCCAGCAACUUUCACUACCAUGAACUCAAGCACAUUGUGUUUGUGGGUUCACUUGAAUAUUUGAAAAGGGAAUGGGAGACGCUACAUAACUUCCCCAAGGUUUCAAUCUUGCCUGGUACGCCAUUAAGUCGGGCUGAUUUAAGGGCUGUCAACAUCAACCUCUGCGACAUGUGCGUUAUCCUGUCAGCCAAUCAGAAUAAUAUUGAUGAUGCUUCGCUGCAGGACAAGGAAUGCAUCUUGGCGUCACUCAACAUCAAAUCUAUGCAGUUUGAUGACAGCAUUGGGGUCUUGCAGGCUAAUUCCCAAGGGUUUACGCCACCAGGAAUGGAUAGGUCAUCUCCAGACAACAGUCCAGUCCAUGGUCUGUUACGUCAACCCUCAAUCACAACAGGAGCCAACAUACCUAUUAUAACAGAGCUAGUAAACGAUUCAAACGUUCAGUUUUUGGACCAAGAUGAUGACGACGACCCAGACACAGAAUUGUAUCUUACACAGCCAUUUGCAUGUGGAACCGCAUUCGCCGUCAGUGUAUUGGACUCCCUCAUGAGCGCUACAUACUUCAAUGACAAUAUCCUCACACUGAUACGGACGUUGGUAACAGGAGGAGCCACACCAGAGCUGGAAGCGCUGAUUGCUGAGGAGAAUGCACUGAGAGGAGGCUACAGCACGCCCCAGACACUUGCAAACAGGGACAGGUGUCGAGUUGCUCAGUUGGCUUUGUAUGAUGGGCCAUUUGCAGACCUAGGGGAUGGUGGUUGUUAUGGAGAUCUGUUUUGUAAAGCACUGAAAACAUACAAUAUGCUUUGUUUUGGAAUUUACCGAUUGAGGGAUGCACAUCUAAGCACACCUAGCCAAUGCACUAAACGCUAUGUUAUCACAAAUCCACCCUAUGAGUUUGAGCUUGUGCCCACAGACCUGAUCUUCUGUUUGAUGCAAUUUGACCACAAUGCUGGCCAGUCCCGGGCCAGUCUCUCUCAUUCAUCCCAUUCUUCCUACUCCUCCAGCAAAAAGAGCUCAUCGGUACACUCUAUCCCAUCGACAGCAAACCGACAGAACCGCACCAAGACUCGGGACUCCCGGGAAAAACAGAAGUAUGUGCAAGAAGAUAGACUUUGA